GGAAGAAAAAGGAAGGGAAGAAGAUCAUGAGAAAUUGCUUCGCGAAGGAGUUUAAAGUACGUAUAAAUCGAAUUUUAACGUGGGAAGUUUAGGUUUAGGUUAGUAAGAAGGACGGAACGCGCGCGCUUUGGUUAGCUCUUCGGGUAGUCUCGUGACACGGCUAUACUCGAUACCCUCCGCCAUUACGUCGGUCGCGCUAGAAGUGCGGCGCAUUCGGGACGAGCUAAAACAAUAUUCUCGAAAAUACUUGUUCCAAAAUCUAACACAUGGAUAAGAUACACGGCGGAUUGCGGAGAAGAAGGAGAUCGCGAGGAAAUACACCGUUGGAGAGAACAGAUGUUCAGAUAGACAGGAGCCAAGCAGAUACGUGUGCGUGCCGACAUCGGAGUAAGCCGAGUGACACGACAGUAUAUCGGCACGUUACGCCGGUAACGCCGUGUGAUCGCGGAAGCGAUAACGGCGUAGGCACGCGACAGGCGCGCGACCAAAACAUUGUCUCAAGUGCGUCGGUCCGGCGAGUGUCGCACGCGUCAACCUUUGUUUAUCUGAUCAAGCAGAGUGAGACCUCGUUAUUUCACGCUCAGCGAUCGCCGUGCUCGGACUAUUUUUGUCAGCGGUGGCAGUUGGAAUAUUAGAGAUCUGUUAGAACUCAGUUUCUUUGGUUUAUCUACAUCAACUAAAGAACGACCAAAGAUACAUUGUGUCUCUUUACUUCUAACUAUCACUACCCUCACGAUCAGUGGUUGGAUCAUCUUUAGCAAUAAUAUUGAAAUAUGAUUUAGAGUCUGCGGCCACACUACGAAUUCUGCCCCCGAAGAUGUUUCCGUGAACGGGAAUGCUACACCGGAGGACCCGGUUCGGGCAUAGCAAGGUCGGCUCGAAGAAUCGUUGCAGAAUGUGGCCGGCCUUGAGCUUCUGUGAAUUGAGACGAAGCAAGCGACCAGCCGACUUUAAGGGGCUGCUGCGCCGGAGGAUCCGGCUCGAGCCGAGCGGGGUCUACUCGAAGAAACAAAAGCAGAACGUGACUGUCCUGAUCAGCAAUUCGUGGUAUAAAAUUCCAAGGAAGUGAUAAGAGGAAAGAGGAAUAAGACGAAAGGCACGUGGUACGGUUUCUCAGAAACGAUUUACUUGUCGGACUAAUUACAUGGGGAGACAAACGUCGUUGGAAUGUGCGCUCGGGCUCCGAAUGUAAAACACUUCCGUCGUAUUCAUCUAUGUAAGAGCCUCUUUAUCGUCGCCGUAUCGCGCAUUAUUUAUCACUUCGCCUUUUUCUUACUCUCCCUCCCUGCCCUCCCCCGCCUGCUCUUCAGACAAUGACUAUCGCGGUGUUCGGUAAUUAUCGGUGCGCAUUACAGUAGGCACUGUAAAUAAGCCAGUUGUAGAUACGCUGUUAAUUUUCAACCGCGUCGCGGCUGUAUGCGUGUGCUUACGCAUGUGCGUGCGCGUGUGCACGCGAGGAUACUUUGUCUCUUUAACGGCGGGAAAAGAAAAGAGAAGAGUUGACCCGACCACACUGUCUAUGCCCGAUACUAACAGGGACGAUAAAUCCGUAUCGUUAAAGCGCAGCGUGCGAUUCCUGGCAGCGAGAGUGCAUCUAUCAGGGAUGUAGCUUUUACUCUACAACCCCAACGAGAAAAAGAGGGAUCUUCUCUAGGACAUGCAAUUUUAUCUCACAGAAUCGGCGAGUCGUGAACGCGUCGCGCCCGACAAAAGCGUGAGGUAAAAAGUACAAAACAUAACGAAAUAUAUUUUUUUAAUAUACAGGGUGAGUCAGUAACUAUUGCCACUUGGAAUAUCUCCAAAGUAGAAGACACAAACAUACAUAAUCUUCAGAUCUUCGAAAUUACUCUACACUGAAAGAAAGAAAAUAUCUAAAAAAUAGUAAAUAUUUAUUUAAUGGAUAUGCUAAUAAAACAUAUUUGCUUAAAUUGAAAUUCUUUCAUUUAAAUAGAAAAAAUAAUUGUUUUUACGAAAAUCUAAGCUUUUCUUAAAGUUUAAAAAAUGUAUAUUUUUUAAACCUAUCUCGCGCCGCGAGCUAAAUUCCGUUAGCUUUGUUUGAAUUUUGUUUGCUAUUUUUUGAGGUUAGGGCGUUUUUCGUUGCAAAUGCUUGCCUCAUUUGAAGUACGCCAGAAAUAUCAACAAAGCACCAAGCAGUGAAGUAGUAUGUAAUUCAGUUUUCUUUGUUAAUUUUGAAGUGUUUGUAUCUCUUUUCAGCUACUUUUGAACCGAAAAUGCUUGCUCCACUUGAAGUGGAGCAAACGUUAAAAAUUUUGAGUUUUGGAAAAUUGAGUUUUUGAAAAUUUUUUUGUUAAAAUGUAGUUGAUUUUGGGAUGAUAUUGCUUUAUUUUAAGAUUUUUGGAUAAUAAGUGAAUUAGAAGAUUUUUAGGAAUUUUUGCUACUUUUUUCUUGAUUUUGAAAUUUUUGCUACUUUUUUUCUUGAUUUUGUGAGGUAGAGUAUGAUUUUUUUGUGUUUUUUGGUUAAAAAUGUUUGUUCCACUUGAAGUGCGCUAGAAAAGUCAUUUUAUACUCUAUUAUACUAAUUUAUUCUGUAUAUUUAAUAAAAUAUUCUGUAUAUUGAAUAAAAUAGACAUAUUUUUUAUCGCGAAUAUAAUUCACUACUUGAUAAAACGAUCAAUGUCGAUCUCAUUGGACGCGCGUAGGAUUGGCGUGCGAGAACGGAAAACGUUAUCUUCGAAUACCGGCGAAGAGCGCUUCUCCGGUAUCUUUCGGGAGCAACGAGCUAAUCUUCUCUUGUGCAGCGGUGUCUGCGGCCAAGUUAAUUAGCAAAAAUCGCGGGGGAACAGAUAAGCUGGUUUACUCUUUCUCUA